UGUGUAUUCUGAAUGGCUUAAAUUCAAUAAAUUCACUUGGGCCAAUCUUUGCAAUCUUAGGUUCGUCGAAGAUGCACCUUAUCAAGUCAGAAGAACAGUUCGAUGGUGUGCUUGCCAAGAUCCGAGAUGAGUCUUCACCAGCAAUUUUAUACUUCACCGCAGCAUGGUGUGGUCCUUGCAGAUUCAUGUCCCCUGCCAUUGAAGCAUUGAAUGAGAAGUACCCUCACGUGACUGCGUAUAAAAUAGACAUUGAACAGGAGGGCAUUCAAGACAAAUUGAUGGAGCUGAGGAUAGACUCUGUGAUUGCUUUACUAGUUGAUGCUGCAAAUGGAGGAACAUUCUCAGAACUCAAGCUUGCCUUGGAAAGAAAUAUGUGUCCGGAAGCCUCAUUCUUAUCUAUGGAAGAAAAUUCUUGAUUUUGAUCUAAAAUGUCUUGCAUGC